CGAGAUUCCCAUUUCCCAGUAUAUACGGAACGUGCGCGGCGUCGAGACGCGUCGCACAUACUCGUAAUAUAAAAUGCUAUGCUUAUAGUUCGACCUGUUGAAGAUGACUCGUUUGUUGCUUUUAUCGGCGUUGAUUUCGUGCCUAAAUUAUAUACAAGGACAGUCACUAUGCACGACGCCGAAUGCACAAAGCGGUAUGUGUAUACUUUUAACGGAAUGCGGACCACUAUAUGACAUACUCAAAAAAGCGAACAGAAACGAUGCAGAUGUGAAGCUUCUGAGAGAUUCCCUGUGUGGAUACUCCAACACCUCACCAAUGGUGUGUUGUCCACUUGCCAAAACUGAUGAGGACCAAAGAUGUUUCACACCACAAGCACAGGAGGGUACUUGUAUGGAUAUACUCAAAUGUCCAGCUCUUGUUAACUUACUCAGCCCACCGCUAUCCACUGAGAACUUACAAUUCAUAAGAAAUUCAAGAUGCGAAACCCCAAAUGUACAGAACAGCGUCUGUUGCGGACCAGCACCUACGGCGGUGACUUCUCCGAGUAGGGUCUGCGUGCCGUCUGCGGCGCCGCCCGACCCGCGCACUGAGUGCUGCGGUCUAGACAGCGCUUCUGGCAAUAAAAUUUUCGGUGGCAACGCAACUGCAAUAGAUCAAUACCCGUGGCUGACGAUCAUAGAGUACAAGGGGGUUAGAGAUGACAAGAUCAAGCUCCUUUGUGGUGGCGCACUUAUCAGUGGAAAAUACGUCCUGACUGCCGGACAUUGCGUUCUUGGACCCGUGUUGAGGAUUGCUGAACCUAAAAAUGUUCGCCUCGGAGACUACAAUAUUAACAAUGAUGGGCAGGACUGCGUGGAUGUCGAGGGUGGCGGAACAGAUUGCACGGAAGGCGCGAUAGUAGUACCAAUCGAGAAGAUCAUCGCCCAUAAGGGGUACGAUCCCAACUCUGCGCUCCGAAGACAUGACAUAGCUUUAUUGAGGUUGAAGACUGUGGCACCGUACAGUGAUUUCAUACGGCCCAUAUGUUUGCCAUCGUCAGACAUAGAGAAGGCUCAACCUAAGCCGACGCUGUUCGCCGCUGGUUGGGGAGCCGUCAGCGACCUGCAAAGUACAAGCAGCGUCAAACUUCACGUGGAUUUACCUUUCUUGACUCAAACGGAAUGCCAACCGUCAUAUGACAUAGCCAAACGAAAAGUUCCGCUAUGGAGCGGACAAAUAUGCGCAGGCGGCGAAAAAGGCAAAGACUCGUGCAAAGGAGAUUCCGGUGGACCUUUGAUGCUGGACAAUGGAAGACUGUAUGAAGUCGUCGGGGUUGUGAGCUUCGGUCCCACGCCCUGCGGGAUGGAAAACGUGCCUGGUGUCUAUACAAAAGUCUAUGAAUACAUGCCCUGGAUACGAAGUAAUAUUAAACCUUGACGAACAACAGUAGGAUAAUAUUUUAUGUAUGUAAGGUUUUUAAUAUAAUUUUUGUAUAAAGUUUUUUGACAUUUAAA